UGCGCAGUUCACAGCGCUGCGGCUACGCACGUUUUGCAACUCCAAAGCAAAGCAUCCCGGUAAAAACAAAAGCAUUUUCUCGACUUUUCCGAGUGCCCGCGAAAACUUUCCACCGGAAAAACAACGCAACCCUGCUAGAAUUGAACCCAUCCUAUUAAUUGCGGUGAACUUUCAAAGAUGAGAUCGUCAAAGGCGGCCGGUGAUUCAAAAUGGGUGUGUCCCUCCAACUCCUCAUGUGAGCUUGGAAAAAAACGCUCCCCGAAACAAAUAAACAAAAAGCUGGUGGACCUUUUUCUGCCGGAUUUGGAAGCCGCUAACACCACCGAUUAUAUUGCCACUCCCACGCCAGACAGCGCCUUCUUUGAUAGCCACUCCGAAGGAGAAAGCACUGGAGUCCAGGAUGGUGAUCCGUUUCUGGAAAAGAAGUGCCGCACCUGCUUUCAAAUCCCAUCAUUGGAUGAAGAUGUCAAGGAUCUCUACGAGAGGGACAACAUUGCGCUCCUCUAUCACAUAGAAGUUACCACCGGAGUUUGGAUAGAAACCGGAGAAGAGGGUCUUCCGCACCACAUCUGCGCAACGUGCCAGGAAACCCUGCAGAAGUCCGUAGAUUUUCGAGAUAAGUGCAUUCAGAUUGAUAAGAAGUUUAAGCAAAACAAAAACCAAAAUUGUGACGAUGAAAUUGAAUCGGAACUGGAAAACGUUCUGUACGAACAGUCCGUCCAGCAAGCGAGUGAAGUCCCAGGAAUAGAAUUCAAGACCACAGAGUGUGGGUCGGAUAGUGAGUGUGUCCUGGAUGAGAAGGACUUUCCACCGGAUCUGGAUUCGACGGACUUCUCUUCAGGGGAACAGGAUUCAAUGCUAGAUGAAGAGACAACAGAUUUCCUAUUGAAGAAACGAAAAUCAUCGAGAAAACCAAAGAGAGCUUGCAAUGAGAUUGUAAGCAUUAAGAAAUGUGUAACCAAAGAAGAAAUUGGAAAGGUCGAUCAUGGAGCUGAAGUCUAUAAGGUUGUGCUAAGCGAAUGUAAUCGCAAGGAUGAAACCAAGCCCAAGUAUUCGCUUCCAAUGCCAAAGCGUCUUCUUCCAAGAGUGAGCUUGGAGGAGAAAAAUCGUAGGCGACGCGAAAGGGUUCGUGCCAAACCAUUUAGCCAUAUCUGCGAUAAGUGCGGUCACUCCUUCCGCGAACAGGGACAGCUGCAGAUGCACUUGCUUCGGCAUAACAAGGUUAAAAACUUUGAUUGUCCCGAGUGCCCGAAGAAGUUCUAUGACGCCUAUACGCGCAACAUUCACCUGAGGGCCCGACACAAGGGCGAAACCCCAUUUCCCUGCAACCAUUGCAACCAGUCGUUUCCCAACGCAAGCAGUCGCCAUAGGCACGAGCAAAAAGUUCACGGGGCUGGUUCCCGGAUUCUCGCGCGGCAGAAGUCAAAGGAAGACGGCUCCGAUCGACACUAUUGCACCAAGUGCACGAAGAGUUACUGCACCAAGAAUGCUCUAACCUUACAUAUGAACUCCCACAACGGAGUCAGGCCCUUUAAGUGCAAGGUUUGCCAGAAAGAAUUUAUGGACCCAUCUGCUAGGAAGCGACAUGAAGCCAGACACGAUAAGUUUCCGUUUUACUGUGAUAUCUGCUCCAGGGGAUUCUUGCUGCGCUCCCAACUUAUCAAGCACCAGGACGUUCACACGGGGGAUCGUCCUUAUUGGUGCGACUUCUGCGAUGUUCAUUAUCGUUACAAGUAUAAACUAAACGAACACUAUAACAGCAAUAUGCACAAGAACAGUGUGCUAAAGGCUCAGGAAGAGGAAUACAAUGGACUGCAACAAACACUUCAAGAUUUUUUGAACUUCUGAGUGAUAUCAAUUUGCUUACUAAUGAAUCUCAAACGUAUCUCAAAACUAGGACUAAGACAUAAGCACAAGAAGUACGUGCCAAAACUCAGGAAAACACAUCAGAAAUAUCUGUAGACAGAUGUUUUCUUUAAUCUUAUUCAUUCUUAAUAUUUGAUACUCAAGUGAAAAGAUAC